AUGAGUGAGAGCCCAGUUCCCAUCAUGCACAACAAUCUCCUUCCCAUCCUCUCUGUCAGACCCAUUCGGGCUCUGGUGGACGAACCAUUUAAGGUGUUGGUUGAGAAUCUUCGUCCAGGAUCUCCAGUGACGCUACACUCGCUCCAUCUUUCAGAAGAUGGAGACUACACGGAGGCUUUUGGACACUACGUCAGCAGCGAGUGGGGAACAGUUUCUGUUGCGGAUGAUUUCAGCUUUGGAGGAACUUACAGUGGAAAAGAGCCCAUGGGUUUGUUGUGGAGUCAGCGGCCCGUUCCUGGAGGUCGCAGAGACCUCAGGUUAAUGAAGACAGUUGCCACCACCCCCAUGCUGGUCCACAUCUCUGUCUACAGUGGACACCUGACUGGAGGCUUUCAGGACCAGGUUCCUCUGGCUUCAGUGCUGACAGAGAGAUGGUACAUGGCUCCUGGAGUCAAGAGGGUCAGCGUGAAAGAGGGAAAUAUUUUGGGGACCCUGUUUAUACCUCCAGGUCCAGGACCCUUCCCUGGGCUGCUGGACAUGUGGGGUGGAGGAGGAGGUCUGAUUGAGUAUCGGGCUGCGUUACUGGCUUCACAUGGCUACGUCUCCUUCGCUCUGCCUUAUGUGUCUCCUGACCAGGGUCCAGUAGAUGAACGUCUGUUUGAGUCAGUGUUUAACAUGAUCAAAACCCAUCCUCAAGUCAUCCCAGACAAAGUUGGACUAUUUGGUCUUUCCCUUGGUGCAAUCAUAACGCUCUACCUUGCAAUGGAGAGCAAAGUUGUCAGGCCCGCGUGUUGUGUCUGCAUCAGCGGUACACACUCCUUCAUACGUGACAAAGACUCAGCCCAGUCUAUUUCUCUGGAUACGCUGGGGGACUACAGCAAGGUCCGUGUGGAUGAGAACAACCAUUCUAUAUGGCAUGAUAUUACUCUUCCCAUUUCUACAGAUUUCUCGCGAAAACUAGACAUGAGCAAAAUCAACUGUCCAUUGAUGUUGGUCAGCGGCACUGAUGAUCAGAAUGUUGCUUCCGUGGAAGCUGCCGAGGACAUGGCCCAGAUGAUACACGCCGCUGGAAAAGAUCACCUGCUGACCAAGCUGGUCUAUCCUGGUGCCGGACACGUGAUCCAGCCACCCUUCGCACCACAUUGUAGAUUCUCAUGGAUCAUGGAUGUAAAGAAAGGGCAGAAAUAUACGCUGUUGUGGGGAGGACAGACCAAACCUCAUUCUGACGCUCAGGAAGACUCCUGGAAGAAGAUCCUAGCCUUCCUGCAGAUGCACCUCUACAGCAGCUCCAGUCCAAGAGCCAGGAUGUGACUCUGGAGCAGCUGGAGAUCAAUCACAACAUAUGGUUACAGGGUUAGUAGCAGAGGUGGAACCACAGAACAGUUUUCAUCUCUGUCUUGAGU